AUGUUUAGAACGAUACCAGUUUCAACAUAUGACCCAUACGCCAAUACUCUUUUAGCAUCACUUAUUAUAAGGAAAAGCUAUAAACUGCCACAAACCAUAGGAGCACAACAAAUAUUCCCAAAAGAAGCAAUGCAGUAUGCGAAGGUCGCAUUAAAGAGACCGUCAGCGUGUAAUUUCUAUGCAGCAAAUUGUAUAGCAGUGCUUUUAGCGCUAAACAAGAACCUAAAGGCUUCUUAUGAGAGUUUCCUGCUGCUUUUAGAGUCACUUUCAGUAACAAGCCACAUGAAGCUGCUAGUGAAUAAGAACAUGGGUAUAGUUUCAGCAGCUAUCACACUGGCUAACAUGGCCACAGAUAAGAAGUUUGAUCGCAACAAACUUAACAAAUUAAAAGUAGCUAAGACACAACAAUACUUUCAAACCGCAAUUUCCAAUGGGAAGAUGGAUAAAAAUCUAUAUAUUUGCUACAUCAGGUUCCUGUUCGACGUCCAAAAGUUCGAAGAGUGUAUAUCAAUGUUGGAAACAGCAAAAUUGAUAUUCCAAGAUGAUGUUUUCGCAUAUAACCAGAUUAUAGUAACAGACUCGAUGAUCUGUACUUACUUACGUGACGCAGAAAAGACAAACUCUGUAGUUGAGAUGAAUAACAUGUUAUCAGGAUGUAGAUUUGUUACAACCACGGGAGACUAUUUUUUAGCGAUGAACCAGAGAGGCCAUGGGUUCAUUACUCCCGAGUCAUGUAAUAAACUUAAACAGAUCCUUUCAAGAGUAAAAACAAAAGUUAUGCCUCAUAUCACAAGUACUCUUCCACAUCUAGAGAAGGCAUGUGAAAACAAACAAAAGGCAAGAGAAAAGAGACUACAACUGCAAUUAACAAUCCAGCAAGCUCAGGAAGCUAAGAAACGACAGCUGGAAGAAGAAAGAAUCAGAGCCGCUGAAGCUGACGAGGCUUUGUCAGCACAACUUCUAAAGGAGGCUUCCGAGAUCGCCUCUGAAAUUAUAAUGGGAAAGGCUCCCCAGCCAUGAGUAAUUUUUAAUUUCCUUACAUUUUACAA